ACGUGGGACUGACACAAGUGGUACAGGCAGGUCUUGACCGACAACGGUUGUUGAGCCAAAAGAAGAAGAAGAAGGGAUAAAGCAUUACGGUUGCACCAUCACUGGAACUCAUGCAAGGAAGUUUGCAGUCGGGUGUGGUCUUCUGGGUCACGAAUAACACGAAAAAUUUUCGCGUCAUCUGCGUACAAUAGAUGAUUAUCAGCCGGAAGGAUCCACGUCACGUCGUUGAUGAAAAGAAGGAACAGCAAAGGACCCAGGUUGCUGCCCUGCGGGACUCUAGAAGAUGCAUGCACUGGGCUUGACAUGUACGGGCCUAACUUCACAGAAUAUUGACGAUCUGUAAGUUACGAUCUAAGCCACAUUAUCAUAGGGUUUGGGAGACCAAGUAAGUCGAGUUUCGCUAGCAAGAUGGAGUGCGAUACACUGUCGAAUGCUGCCUUGAUAUCCGUAUAAAUAGCAUCUAGUUGUAAACCGGUAUCGAUAGAUUUAUGGCAUUUACUAACAAAUUCUAGUAGAUUAGUCGUUGUAGAUCGCCUGGGUACAAAACCAUGUUGAUUCACACUAAUAUAGUUGCAGGCCGAGGCCAACAAUGGCUCGUAGAUUAGCAUUUCAAACACCUUUGCACACACGCUGAGUGAGGUUAUGCCACGAUAGUUUACAGCAUCAUUCUUACAGCCCUUCUUGUAGAUUUUCGUUUUUUGUCCAUAUAACUCCAAAAGCGCCUAGGGUACUUGCAAAGGGAACGUGCAGUUUUUUUUUUUUUCAAAUAACUUCGGUGACAGGAUCUAUUAUAUCGGCGAUAGAGAGAACGAACUCUGUUGUAGUAAAGACGUGACGCGCUGUUUCGUUCUGCUUGUUGAUCAGAAUAGGCUUUUCUUUUUUCUUUUUUUAAUGCAUUUAGUGUGUGAUCAGCCCAUGGUGGCCCACGACGAGGAAUUUUAACAGGAGUGCAUUCACAUAUAGCAGAUCUCAUGAACUCACAAAAAGCUUUUGUGGUAUCGUCAAUGGUUGAAUAGUCCGAACAGUUAAAAGAAUUGUCAAAAGAUAAAAUCAAUCGCUCCAAUUUUGGAAGGUCAACACGAGCAUAAUUCAGCCUUUUAUCAGCAUCAAAGGCUGUAGCGAUCGUAACUGGGGCUACGUUGUCCAAAUCAAAGUCAAGCGGAGGGUGGUGUUCGUCGAUAGUAGUAAGGGGAUAUUCACAGACACGUAUUGAAGAACAUGUAGAUGCAGCUGGCCAAUUUGCGUAAAUUAGGUCAAGUAUUCGCCCCGAUGAGUUAGUAUUGAAGUUAAGCUGGUAUAGUCCACUCUGAUGCAAACCAUCAACGAACUGGACACUGCGCGCAGAGCGUGCAUGAGGCUCAUAGAAAUCAAAAGCAGCUCCAUUUUCAUAUGACGCCGAUAGCGUAGACUGGUUGAAAUCACCAAUAAGCAUGAACCUGUCUCUCGGACCAAGAGUAGUGCAGAUAUUAGCAACGAAGUCGAUCAAUGCACUUAUUUUCUCCUCAUUCAUGUUAUGGUUAGGAGGCAGGUAGGCAGCGGCAAUAAACAAACGGUGGUCGCAUAACUGAAUACAUACGCAAGUGAGUUCUAACAGUUGCGGCAACGUAGGCAGCACAUAAGAGAGAAGAGAAACGUUGCAUGCAAUUAAAACACCUCCCCCACGAGAGUGAGAGCUGUUAGUGGCAUCCCGGUCGCAUCGGUAAACACGAUACUCAUCUCCUAGCAGGAGAGCAGUGGGAAUACAGGGAUCGAACCAAGUUUCAGUGAGUACCAAUAUAUCGUAUUCCGUCUCAAGAACCGACAAACGGAACUCAUCGGCUUUAGAACGCAGGCCACGCACAUUCUGAUACUACACAGUGAUACAAGCCGCUCGAUCAGUGGGUGCUUGUUGAAUAGAAGUGUUAGUAGGCGCUGGGGUGUUGCAAUUGAGCGAGCUUAUCGUAGAUGGUGAGUGUAUUGUGUUUGUCGUCGAAGUAUUUGCUCGAGCCGUAUGCGGAACAUAUGGCUGCGCUGCUGUAGUGCGUUUACUUCGGAAAAAAUUGAACCAGUGUAGUUUGAAGUGUUUUUGAACGUGACGUGGACGGAAGAGUGGGUGAAGGGAGAGUGCAGUUCAUAUCGGUUGGUGAUUGUUCGGUUUGUGUUGGUGCGGGUUCAUGGAUAUGUACAGGUGAGUAUGGAUUAUUGUGGGGACUAUUGUGUUGGGUACAAGGCUGCUGUGGUGCCGGUGAGUGUUGAGUGCGAAGCUGUAGUGGUGCCGGUGUCUGCUGAGUACGGGGUUGUUGCGGUACCGGUGUGUAAGUGUUCGUGUGUUGUGGGAGUGAAUGUAGAGAUCGCGGCGGGAGCGAGAUGAACUCACGCACACCGAGCCCGACCGGCCAGGAGACUGCGUUAAGUGCCUUACUACGAAGGACAGCAGGGAUUCUGACCUUGAACGAUACAGCACUCAAUAGGCUAGGAACUGUUCCUGCUUUUAGCAGACUAAAAGCAAUUACGUCUGUAGUGUCCAACUGCAAACACACCAACGAGACAACUUGCUAUAUGGUGACGGACGCAGCCAAUCUCGAAAGAUGCAGCCAUAAAUAAUGGGUUCUUGGUAUCUGUGAAACAGUUUGUAUUGAAGCGGAGGUUGUAUUAGUACCUGUGAUCAUUGGUGGUAGUGAAGGACGAUCGAUCCGGUGAGUGCAGUUGGUAUUUGUGGCGUUUGAGAUUGCUGCACUGUCAACAAACACGGCAUCUGAGGAUGCAACUGCAUCACGAAAUAAUCUUCGUCUUUUUCCGUUUGGUAGUGCAUCUGGGAGCAAUUGAUUGCUAUGGUGCAAGGAUGCCGGAUAGGCCGUGGCGAUUCCGGCAAAGCCAUCCCGAAUCUCCUGUAUUACCGGUGGGACCAAGCUAGCCUUCAUGGCAUCAACAGCAGCUGUGAGGGCUGCCUGAAACCCAACCUGCAUACCCAUGCCCUUGAUCGCCUUGCUACGCGGAUUCCCGAUGGCGUUAGUACACCCAAUGCAACUCCAGUGCAGGGAAGCCAUCCGAUUCACUUCGUCGAUGACCGAUAUAGGCACCUUGGUGCACGCCAGAUGAUGCCGCUGCAGAUGAACGUCGAAGGAGCCACAAAUAGAAGCCGAAUAUAUCGCGAACACGGUGGUUGUCGUCAGGAACACGAUGACAGGGUCACGAGACUUCACUUAUGGACACGACAAAACUAGUGUUGAUUAGAGCAAAACCAGAUAACAUCAAUAAAAUAGCGGAUAAAUGCGGAGCGAUAGCAGUAGACACGCUAUGUUGAAAACUAUCAAAGUGAAGCCCUGCGAAGCGAUCCGCGAAGAGAUUGCACAUUUCAUUAGUGUUGGCGAUUGUUGCUCCUUUGUACGU